CACCACGCCUGACAUGGAGCUCGCUGCCUCGGAUUAUAUUAGACGUGCAGAGUGUCCAGCGUCUUUGGUGGCCAGGAUUUCCAGUCAACCUUCCAGCUCACAAGAUACAACAACAUUCGGCAAUGAGCUCCACUUGAAAAUACAGCUAUGCAGAUUGCUUCCUCUGAUAAUUUUCCAGCUUCGGAUAAGGAAGACGCAGACUCUCCAAAGAAAUGGGAGACUGGUCCAUUCUUGGCCGCUUCCUAACAGAGGUUCAAAACCACUCCACAGUCAUUGGUAAGAUUUGGCUGACCAUGCUGCUCAUCUUCCGCAUCCUGCUCGUGGCCCUGGUGGGCGACGCCGUCUACAGCGACGAGCAGUCCAAGUUCACCUGCAACACCCUCCAGCCCGGGUGCAACAACGUGUGCUACGACACCUUCGCUCCGGUCUCCCACUUGCGAUUCUGGGUCUUUCAGAUCGUCCUCGUAUCCACGCCCUCGAUUUUCUACAUUGUCUACGUCUUGCAAAAAAUCACCAAGAAUGAAAAGGUGGAGGUGAAGAAGAUCGAAGUGGUGUCCAGGUCCUCACCUGCCCUCGAGAGGGGCAGACAUGUGGAGGCAGGUAAGGAGGGCGGCGGCCAUUACAGCCCAAAUGAGGCCUGGAGCUCUGGGAAGGGCGAGUGUGAGGAGAAGGGUCAGCUGGAGGAGGAAAUGAAGGAAGUAGGGAAGGACCCGACCCAGCUCUCCAGCCAAGUGCUGCUCAUCUACAUCAUCCAUGUGCUGCUGCGCUCCAUCAUGGAGAUAAUCUUCCUCAUUGGGCAGUAUUACCUCUUUGGAUUCGAGGUCCCGCACCUUUUCCGCUGUGAAACCUACCCCUGCCCGAACCGAACUGACUGCUUCGUGUCUCGAGCCACGGAGAAAACCAUCUUUCUCAACUUCAUGUUCAGUGUCAGCCUCGGUUGCUUCAUCUUGAACAUUGUGGAGCUGCAUUAUCUGGGCUGGAUCUACAUCUUCCGGGUGCUCUUCUCCGCCUGCUGCACGUGCUGCGACACCAACAGGGACCCCAUGCAGGUGGAGCUGUACUCCGACCACAACCCACUGCUGCUGGAGCUCAAGCACUCCUUGCGAGGCCGGGUCGUCCUGCAGACCUCACCCGCCACGUCGUGCGACAAGACCGGCGGCGUCCCCAACCAGGGCCCGGCCAUCUCCUUCGAGACGGACUCUACGCUGGAGUGCACGUCGAAGAGAAACGUCGAUGAGAAGGAGCGCGCCAAAACUAGACAGCACAAUAUGGCGAAGAUGGGAAGAGGCAAGAAGUCCUGGCUGUGAAGCUCCAGUUUUCUUUUGUGUUUUACUGUAGAUAUAUUUUCUUUCCAUCUUUGACUGCAUUUGUGUUGAUUUAAACGGAAAUCUUUUCAAGCUGCAUCACGUAGAAUCGGCUUAAGGGGUGAAAAUGAGAGGUUCUGGGAUCAGCCAUCAAAUUUCAGUAGGACAGUUUCAGUGUGUUUAUUUCCUCAAAAGAUAUCACAUGUGUAAGUGUAUUUAGCUUUACUAGGCUUUUAGGGGUUUGGAGGUGUUGCAAUUUCCUCUAUAUUCACUGUAUUGGGAAGAAACUGUGUAAAAAAUGUUUUGCAGCAUUUCUUGAAAGCUUUUCUAUAAAUAUAGUCAAACCAA